AUGGGCUGGGACACGUACAAUGCAUACGGUCUGGCGUACAACGAGACCACCAUCAGAGACAACGCCGACCGCCUCGUGUCCCUGGGCUUCCGCGACCUAGGGUACGACGUCGUCAUCUUCGACGACGCCAUGACCGAACGCGACCGUUCCGCCAAUGGCUCCCUGGUGGAGAACCAAGAAAAGUUCCCCUCGGGCCUGCACGCCCUCUCGGACGAGCUCCACGCUUUGUCGCUCAAGUACGGCGUCUACAGCUCCGCGGGCCGGUUCACCUGCGGCAGCUACCCGGGUAGUCUGGGGUAUGAGCAGCAGGAUGCCCGCUGGUGGGCCGACCUGGGCGCCGAUUACCUCAAGUAUGACAAUUGCUUCAAUGAGGGCCAGGCGGGGACGCAGAAGCUGAGCUAUGAUCGCUAUGGAGCGAUGGCGAAUGCUUUGAACGCCACGGGGAGGAAUAUCACUUAUAGCUUGUGCAACUGGGGGGACGAUAAGGUCUGGGAAUGGGGUUGCACCAUCUCCAAUUCGGCGAGAAUGAGCGGCGAUAGUAAUUCAUUUGACCAACCAUCCAACGGCUGCCCCUGCGACGCCGACGAGUUCUACUGCCAAAAAUUCCCCGGAUACCAAUGCAGCGUCCUCAACAUCUUAGGGAAGGCAUCAUACAUUGCCGGCCGAUCGGGACCGGGAUUCUGGAUCGAUCUCGACAUGCUCGAAGUGGGCAACGGCGGCAUGACCACAGCCGAGUAUCGCACGCACUUCACCAUGUGGUCCGCCAUCAAGUCCCCGCUCAUCAUGGGCAACAAGCUCUACGACCUGUCUCCGGAAGACUACGCCAUCCUCACCAACCCGGCCGUCAUCGCCCUCAACCAGGACCCCGGCGGCAGCGCCAUCGCCCGCCGCUUCGUGCAGCAGGUCGACACCAAGGAUCGGUGGGGUGUCGGCGAGAUCCAGGUCUGGCAGGGCAGUCUGUGGCAGGGCGACCAGGUCGUCGUGUUCCUCAAUGCCGCGAAUGAGACGCAGGGCUUGGACGUGCCGCUGUGGCGGAUCUUCGGGACGCCGGGUAACGAGCUGUCGCUGAGGAGCUGGGAUAUGUAUGAUCUGUGGGCGGAGAAUGUUACUAUGCUGGCGGAUGUGGCGCGGCAGGUGCUGAAUGGGACGCUAGAGCUGGGGCCCAAGACGCAGGGGUACUAUAAUGCUUCGCGGAUAAGUUGGAGGGAAGGGCUGGCGGCGAAUGAUACGAGGUUGUUGGGAUCGUUUGAGGGGACGGUUGAGGCCGGCGGGACGGUGAGCGCUGAGGUGGGCGCACAUGAUGUCAAGGCGUGGCGGUUUAGGUUGGUGGGGAAGAAUCGGUUGCAGAAGAAGGACGAGCUUUGA